AACCCGUCCAGAGGACCUAUACAAUUUUUUUCCUUUUAACCUUAAAUCUUAGUCUGGUUGUUUUUGUGACGCCUUCACUCUCUGACUGAACUAAGACUGARUGACGAGUCUCCCAUAAAUCUGCAGUAGUUACUGUUUAAAAAGAGAAGAAAACAUGACUCAGUCCUGCACCUCAGCUUUUAUUUCCUGCUCUUUUUCAGACGGUCAGAAGCCAAAGAGUGAGCAGCCUGCAGCAGGAGGAGCAGCAGGAGAAGCAGCAGGAGGCGCAGCAGCUGAACCCUCCACCUCACAGCCUGCAACACGUGAYGAGAAAACUGAAGAGUUCAAGGCUGCAGCAUCAGCGGGGGGAUCUGACGGCUCGGGGGGUAGCGGAGAGGAAGGAAGUGGUGAUGAGGAAAGCAGCGACUCCUGUGAGGGCGAGGAAACAGAUGAAGACAGUGAUGAAGAAAAGGAAGAGAAGGAGGAAGAGGAGAACGAGCCGCUGUCUUUACAGUGGCCUCCAACCGCUCGUAAACAGGCCAGCUACCUGUUCCUGCUGCCCAUCGUGCUCCCGCUGUGGCUCACGCUGCCGGACGUCCGAAACCCGGCGUCCAAGAGAUUCUUUAUCCUCUCGUUCAUUGGUUCAAUCUUUUGGAUCGGCGUCUUCUCCUAUCUGAUGGUGUGGUGGGCUCAUCAGGUGGGCGAGACUGUGGGCAUCUCAGAGGAGAUUAUGGGUCUGACCAUCCUGGCAGCAGGGACGUCCAUCCCUGACCUGAUCACCAGUGUGAUUGUGGCCAGGAAAGGUUUGGGAGAUAUGGCCGUGUCCAGCUCAGUGGGCAGUAAUAUCUUCGACAUCACUGUUGGACUUCCCAUCCCGUGGCUCAUUUAUACUUUCCUCCACAACGGCAAACCAGUGACUGUCAGCUCCAACGGCCUGUUCUGCGCUAURGUGCUGCUCUUCCUCAUGCUCCUCUUCGUCAUCAUUUCCAUAGCUGUGUGUCGCUGGAAGAUGAGCAAAAUGCUGGGUGUCACCAUGUUUGUUCUGUACUUUGUGUUCCUCGUCCUCAGCGUCCUCCUGGAGGACCGCAUCCUCGUCUGUCCCGUCUCCAUCUGAGCUGACGAGAUUCUGCUCUUGAACUGCAGAGGGUCAUUUGUUCCCAAACGUUUUACACCCUGAACCCCCAACAGGACUUACAAAACAAACCCCCUUUAUGUCAUCACCCAUAAAACAUCCCACACAGCAGGUCAAAACAUCCACUUUGUACUAAACAGUAAAUUUUUAGCUAGACUAACAAAUUAUUUGGUGUUUAAAUUCCUUGUGUGCACCACUAGAAAAAACUCCCAUGUAUGAGAGGCCUUUCAGGCCAUAAACAUACGUUUGUAUCACAAGUAGAUGACCUCAGUCAUAUAAAAGGUUAAACAGGUGAGUUUACAGUGGACAAUAUAUUAAUGAAGAGAAACUCCACCCUACAAACAAGCCUUCAUUUUUGAUUUGAUCAACCUUUUUUGAGACCAAAGGUGGUGAGAGAAAAAUGGAUCCGAAGAAGAAUUCGAGAACACUUUGGGUGAAUCCUUGACCCCUAGCUUUAGGUUUGGAGCAUCUCCUUGACCCCUUGCUAGGGUAAAGAUUCCUGUAAGCAUACAGUGUUUUGCUGAAAUUCCAACAUGAUGCUAAAUAUUAUCUAGCUUGUCACAGCUGUGGUGAAGUCUCAGGCCUGGAUUUAUCAGAAGAGAGUGCCGUUGUCGCAGGUGCUAAUUAAGAGUUCGCUCAAACUUUACAUCUAAUUCUCAAAUCUCUUGGAAAGAGAGAUGUGUGCCUUGAACUGAGCUGCCAACAUUUACCCACAUUUAAAUCAAGUUAUUUUGAGCCAAAACUGUCCUUAUUAAUGGAAGUUACUGUUUGUGGAAAAGUCUUCAUUUUCAAAGUUUAUCACUGUUUUAGACACACAAUUAGCCUCUAAUAUUUACUGUCUUCUGAGAGAUGACAAGAGGAGAAUAUGCUGCUCUAAUGUCUUCAGGUAAAGAGGACAAGCAUGUCAGGAAAAGUAUAAUUUAUUCUCUCAUCGAAUGAUUAAUGUUGAACAUUUAGUGUAUUUAACAGAAAUAUUAAAGUGCAAGUAGGGGUCUCUGCAGUACAUAGGGGGAGUCUCCUGGCAGUGUGGGUGGAGUUCGUGUUGUGGGCGGGAUUUGACCUAACUGCAAUUUGUCAAGUUGACUUGUCUUGUGGGGCAAGUUAAAAGAUGAAGUAAUGUUUACAGUAAAAGUAUUGUGAACAUCUAAAUAUAAUUUAUUGAAUUCAAAUUUGGUUCAACUAACACCAUCCUGUCACAAGUUACAACUAAUAUUUUCAUUUUCAAAAAUAGUGAUCAUUUUCGUGUUAGAGCAGUUUUGACCAAUGUUGAAUUGUUACACAUCCCUCCACGUGUACAUUGUUUGAAUUUUGGGUMGCCAGCACCUUCCUGUCUCGAGURAMGAUUAAAAUGAUUUUUAAUUUUUAAAGUUAUAGCUGCUUUCWGGGCGUUMCGACCGAGCUACACAUCCCCUCAGCUGCCCAGCGCUCAUCCAACUGAAUAUGUCUUCUUCAAACCUCAUCCAACAUAUCCAACCAAUCAUGUCAUUCCCAAAAUCCUCCCAUAAAAUUCAAACAGAUCAGUCAUGUUUUGACAAACUCCCUCAAACCAAGAAACUCACACUUAGUGACUGUAGAGACURCCUUCUCAAAAAGUGGGUCUUAAGCAUUGGAGUUUAUUUUCAGGUGUAUCAAAGACACUUUUAAAUGUUUUUUGUUCAGCUUCGUUUAACUCAUAAUAUGAAACACAAUAAGCUAGAUAAAACAGUAACUAAAUAACAUCAAAUGGAUCUAGAAAAUUGGUUCACAAACUUUUCAGCAUUGAUACCACAAAUAAUACAACAGCAGAGAUUUGCUAUUAUAAACACUCAUCUACUGUAAGUCAAAUACAGUUCAACCCGCUCUAUGCUAUAAUACCUAUAAUAGCUUUAUUCUUUAAAGACUACUCUUAUGUUUGACAUUUAUUGAAAAAUAUGCUUUUGCCAAGUUUUUAAAUUGGUUUUUCUCUGGAAAUGAUCUUCAAUGUAUUGAUUUAUCUGAGGCAGUUGAUAAAACGGGUACAGCUCAUUCUGAGUGAAUCAGGGCCUGAUUCAGCACAUACUCUAUCAACUCUGAACAUCUUCUUGAUGCUCCAGAUCUCAUCUUAAAGACUCGUUCUGGGGAUAGGUGGAGAGUURCAGGGUCAUACAUCAUUUGGACAAACACUAAAGGCUUGUUGGGGUCACUGAGUCACAUGUCCAUCCUGUCAGCUGUUUGGGAUGAAGCCAUGCAGAGACAAUAAUUGAUUUGGUCACAUUCUCAUAAAGAUUGAUUGAUUGAUUGAUUGAUUGAUUGAUUGAUGAUGCCUUUAUUGCCAUUGUAUGGAGCACAAAGAAAUUACA